AUAAUUCAACCUAUGACCCCAGAGAAGAUGAUGACUAUAACAUUAAUAAAGACAGACUCUUAGACAAUUUUUCAGAAGAAAAUUCAAAAUGGUGUAAGGAAAAUGAUUUCAAUAAAUAUGAGAAUUCUGAACAAUGA